CAGCCGGCUGGGAGAUGCGCGCUUCCCGGGUUGUGGUGUGGGCGCUGGCGGCGUUGGUGGCAGUGGUGGGCGUGGCCCAGGCGGCAGAGGCCAGGAAGGGACUGCCCCCCAGCCCAGAUUACCCAGGGAAGUGCUACGACCCAGAGCUGCAGCUGGUGCUGGCCCCAGGUGCCAGUGAACCUGCCAAAGGAGAGUGUGUGCUCUACCAGUGUAGCAGCACUGACAAUGGCUUCGAGCUCAUGAUCAACUCAUGUGGUAGUGUAGCUGUGGGCAACGGAUGUGUAUUGGACACACCGAACCCCGACUCACCUUAUCCACAGUGCUGCCCUGUGCCAAAAUGUUGAUGACAGAAAAAUUAUAUCACAAUAUUUCCAAUGUGCAAACUACAGCUAAUUGUAUCCAUAGUAAAUAAUGCUAUCAGGAAACCAACAUUUCUUAUAUAACUAGAUAAUUAAUGAUUUCCUUUCAAGCAGUGUGUGAAUUAGUUUUAUUAUUUUUGCUGUCUAUUGCAUAUUAAAAAUUUAAAUAAA